UUCACUCCUCAACUGUUGUUUGUCAACACUCACAAAUACAAAGACACGAAAAACUGUUCAAAAUUAAAUUCAACGGUAUUCAACAUCAAGCCAGAUGUCUGUGUGUAUCCUGAUGGAUGUGAACCUUCAUCUCCCAACUGCAAUGUUUCUACCACAGAAAUCAUCAUAGAAUUCAAAUGGUCACCCUCACAUGAUGCAUUCCAUCACUCUGGAGCUGGUAGCCUUGUGUCCCAGAUGGAGAAGGGUAUGAACACCCUGGGACAAAUAAUGAGUUAUACUGCAGCUCAGCUCAGCACCCAGUUCCAUACCCACAUAUUCUCUGUCCUAAUCAUGCAUAAUCACGCUUGGAUCAUCAGAUGGGAUAGGGAGGGGGCUAUCAUCAGCAGUGCCAUCAACUACAAUAACAAGCCAGACUUGGCUGACUUCUUCUAUCAUUAC